CCCGGGGAUCCUUCACGCCAAGAGAGGAAGAAGACGCACCAGCUGCGACCAAAAAAAAAAAAAAAAAAAAAGCCCAGCCGUUGUGGUUUUUAUACUCCGUUUUCUUUUUCUUCUCUUUUCCCCCUCCGAAGACACGCUGACGGAAACCAGCGUUCACAAACUCGUUGGUUCUUUGUUGUUAGCUGUUGUUCGCACCGACCUAGCUUUGUCCUUCGCAUACACAGUUGGCUGUGGGUUGCUGAAAUCUAUUAAUAUUGUUCGUUGUGGAAUAUGGCUCAGCAUGUGCACCAUGUAGCCAGUUCACAAAAAGCACUAAUGCUGGAGAUGAAGAGCCUCCAAGAUGAGCCGGUGGAGGGAUUCAAGAUAACUUUAGUGGACGAGUCGGACAUGUAUAACUGGGAAGUGGCGAUAUUCGGACCCCCAAACACUCACUACCAGGGUGGUUAUUUUAAGGCUCGAAUCAAGUUCCCGGUUGAUUAUCCGUACUCUCCACCUGCGUUCCGCUUCCUCACCAAAAUGUGGCAUCCCAACAUCUAUGAGAACGGAGACGUCUGCAUCUCCAUCCUACAUCCACCAGUGGACGACCCACAGAGUGGAGAGCUCCCUUCAGAGCGGUGGAACCCUACACAGAAUGUCAGGACCAUCCUGCUCAGCGUUAUCUCUCUGCUAAACGAACCAAACACAUUUUCCCCAGCCAACGUGGACGCAUCAGUAAUGUACCGCAAGUGGAGGGACAGCAAAGGAAAGGACAGAGAAUACAUCGAGAUCAUAAGGAAACAGGUGUUGUCUACAAAAGCUGACGCAGAGCGGGACGGCGUCAAAGUUCCCACCACGUUGGACGAAUACUGCGUCCGCACACAAGUUCCUCCCACAGACGACGGCUCCAACCUCCUCUAUGACGACUACUAUGAUGACGAGGAGCUGGAUGAAGAUGAGGAGGAGGACGAGGAAGACUGUUGCUAUGACGAGGAUGACUCUGGCACCGAGGACUCCUGACCGUGCCACGCUGUGACAUCACCCCCCCUCCCUCCCCUGACCAAAUCUUGUUCUCACCCACUCGCAUUCAAAGUCUCCCUCUUGUGUCACAGACUGAACUUUGACCCCUCCCUCCUCCUUCUAAAGGACACUCUUGGCACAGUCUGUCCAGCGUCUGUUACGUGCAAUCACACUAAAGCCUGGGUCAUUGAAAACACAGCAGCUGAAUUGCUUUUGGUCUUUUCCUGUUUUUUUUUGUUCUCCGAGUAUAGGUUACACACGAUCCACACAGAAACUGCACUGAUGUGUGUCAAAAUGUCCAAAUAAAGGUCUUUGAAGCCCUAA